AUGGCCGUCGAGAAGACCCCGGCGACCAGUCCCAUAAUAACAGCGGGCUCGUCCUCUUCCUCCUCUUCCGAUGUUCUCAAGCCGCGCUCUCCUCUUGACGACCACCGACUCUCGUUCAACCAUACCAAAGACCUUCACACUCAUUUGUCAAAACAAGCUUCACACGAAUCUUCCUCUGGUAGGCAAGAUCGAGGGCGUAGCAGAAGCAGAGAGUCGGAGAGAACAGUUGCCCCGGAUAACGACGAGCUCCAAGUCACAGCCAUGCCGUCAGGAUCCGGCUUCCAGAACAUCGAAGAGGGCGGCGAGAAGGCCCGCAAGAGAGACGACUGGAUUGCCAUCUCCAACUUCCACCCAGGAUGGUUCUCCGUAAACAUGGGCACUGGCAUCACAGCCAUCCUGCUCCAAAACCUACCGUACCAGUUUCCCGGACUUCACUACAUCGCCGUCAUCCUCUUCGUUCUCAACGUAAUCAUCUUCUUUCUCUUCCUCUUCAUCUCGAUAACCCGGUAUUGCCUAUGGCCCGACAAGUUCAAGGCCAUGCUUGCUCAUCCCGCUCAUUCGAUGCUUCUUGGAACCUUCCCCAUGGGAUUCGCUACCAUCAUCAACUUAAUCGUCUUCAUUUGUGUACCCGUCUGGGGUGACUGGGCUGCCAGAUUUGCCUGGGGCCUGUGGUGGCUUGAUGCUAUUGUAUCAAUCGCCAUCUGCUACUUUGUGCCCUUCAUGCUAAUGACCAAACAUAGCGCUUCGCUCGAGACGAUGACGGCGGCCUGGUUGCUCCCCAUCGUGGCUCCCGUCGUCGCCGCCGCCUCUGGAGGUGUGGUUGCCGAUGCGUUGACGAACGACACCCACGCUCUCAUCACCAUCCUCGUCUGCUAUGUCAUGUGGGGAUCAGCUGUGCCGCUUGCCAUGGUUAUCAUCGUUAUCUAUUUCCAGCGUCUUGCUAUUCACAAGCUGGUUCCGCGAGCAGCCAUCGUCAGUGCUCUGCUGCCCAUGGGCCCUCUCGGACAGGGUGGCUUCGGUAUGAUGCAGCUCGGUGUCGUAGCUAAGCGUGUCUUCCCAAGACUCGACUUCCUUGCUCCAAUCGCCGGUGACAUCUUCUAUGUCAUGGGUGCAUUCAUCGCCAUGAUUAUGUGGGGAUUCGGACUCAUCUGGAUGUGGUUUGCGCUGGCCAGUUUCACCCGCGGCAAAUUCUACUUCAACAUUGGCUGGUGGGCAUUCACUUUCCCCCUCGGUGUCUUCACCACAGCCACCACGCAGAUGGGCAAGGAGUUCAACUCUCCUUUCUUCGACAUUCUCGGAACUUUCUUCUCUCUUGUUGUUACUUGCAUGUGGGUGCUGGUUUUCGCCUUGACGGUAUAUAAAUCGUGCACCAAGGAGCUCUUCCGAUAG